AUGACGUUUCUGACUUAUUUUGAACCGUCACAGAACACUAAUAUCUAUAUUUCUCCUCAAGGUCUCGCAUCAGAUUAUGGCGUCUUGGACCUUAUGCAUCAUCAGACAACUCACACAUUAUGGAUUGAUCAAUACCAAAGCUCUCUCAUCUUCGACCAUGGGACGUCCGCUACCAAGAUCGCAAAGGCUAUCUUGAUAUCGGCCUCCUUCUGGGGGUUUCCAAAAGGCGUGGACCUUGGGAACAUAACAUCUCUCAUUGUAGCCACAGGGCCGCCUCCAACCUCCAACGACCUGAAACAUCUUAUCAACUUGAGCAGCCUUUCCUUCGCCUUUGAGCCCGCUCCGUUAGGAGUCGAGCGAGCAUCGCUGGCAGAAACGCUCAAUGAGGACCUCGCCAAGGACUGCUCUUGCCUUCAGGAGCUAGUCGUGGUAUUUCAAAGGCCUCAAAACACCGACGCUAUCUCCCAGGAUUGGGUAGUGGAGACCGUCCUCUCGUUUCUGGAGGCGUGGCUUCUUGAAUACGACCUGGUGUUUGGCACCGUGCGUAUAUGCGAUAGAAUCGAGCCGCAGAGGUGGUCGCCUCAGCUUGAUAUCUUCUCUUCAAUCAGCUGGCUGUUCGAGCUACAGGACGUUGACCUCAAAGCUCAAGCCCCAGCCUUUCCGGAACCAAGAUAUUUUGUUCCCGAACAAUAUUCGUUUACCUGA